AUGGUCAAUGCUACCAGUGAAAAUGGUUGUUGCGAUUCAACAUCGGAAAUAUCUACUUUGACUCCAGAGGACAGCAGGAAAAACACCUCUGACAAACCUAGUAGAUGUGGCCUCGAUAUUCCACCAGAAACGGAGGGAAACGGAGCAGAAUUGCCUUCUCCUGUCGGCUCUGAUUGCUGGCGUAAUCCUAAUGUUUGCGAUGCCUUUUUGAAAGUGGAAGCCAUGUUAAGCGAAGGAGCCAGUUUGAUAGAUGUCCUUAAGACACUUUACCCAGGUAUUGAAGAACCUCCUGAGGGCUGGUCAGAUCACCUGAUCAUGUCAAUUCUCGCAGAGAUCAUAGAUCGCCCGCCUCGAAGGGAAAAACUUCCAGAAUUUAACACAUUCGAGGAUGCUGUGGAACUUUUCAGAACCCGUAAACGCAUUCUAAUUCUUACCGGUGCCGGAGUUUCGGUCUCAUGUGGUAUACCAGAUUUCCGCAGUAAAGAUGGUAUAUAUGCCCGGCUUCACGUUGACUUCCCAGAUUUGCCAGACCCAACCGCAAUGUUCGAUAUUCGUUAUUUUACCCAUAAUCCAGCUCCAUUUUAUGAUUUUGCAAUGGAGAUUUUCCCUGGUCAGUAUGAGCCAUCUAUCUCUCAUAAAUUCAUCCGCCAACUAGAAAUAAACAACCAACUUCUGAGGAAUUACACACAAAAUAUUGAUACCCUUGAGAAACAAACCCAAAUCGAGAAAGUUGUUGAGUGUCACGGCUCUUUUUCCAAGGCUACAUGCCUCAAUUGCUCGGCAAAGUUUGAUGGUGAUGUUAUUAGGGAGGACGUUAUGGCUAAGCGUGUCGCACGUUGCCCUCGAUGUACCGUUGGUGUAAUGAAGCCAGACAUAGUAUUUUUCGGUGAAGACCUCGGAAGGGAUUUCCACUCACAAAUGGCACUUGAUAAAGAUGAAGUGGAUUUGUUGGUAGUUAUCGGUUCUUCCUUGAAAGUGCGCCCAGUCUCCUUAAUACCAUUUAGUGUGAAUCCAAACGUGCCCCAAAUUUUAAUUAACCGAGAACCACUUUCCGGUUACAAAGCAGACAUUGAACUGCUUGGAAAUUGCGACGAUAUCAUCGAGGAUAUUUGUUUGGCUCUUGGAGGGUCAUUUGUCGAAAUGCUAGAAAAGCAUCAGAAGAAGAUGAGGGAGCGGUCGAGUGCAACAAGUAAUGGUCAUAUUGAAAGCGAGCAAGUUACUGUGUCGGUCUCUGAGGUAGUGAGGAGGAGAAGACGUACCGCGAAAAAAGAGGAGUUUCUUCAGAUCAUGAAGCAACUUGAAAUCUCCGGGCAUUCUGAGUGUAACUCGGAUUUUGAUGGGAUUUCGGCGGUGAAGAGGCCACGAUUAGAGGACAUGUACGAAAGGCGAUAUAUUCCUGUAGCGAAACAUCUUCCAGAACAUACAUACUUCCAGAUUUCGGCCAAUAGAGCGGUGUUUCCCGGAGCUGAGCUCUACUACGAUCUCGAGACCGGUGCAAUAUGUCAACCGACAAGUUAUCGUCCUGAUGGCGGAGCACAUUUCGGAAUAGACAGCGGUGAUGACGAUGAUGACAAUCUCGACGAAGACGGUCAAAGUUGCACUGGUAUGGCCAGCCGUGCAUGUAGCAUGCCUGACACGUCUGGGGCUGUGGAUGCGGUUGACAUGGGUCCACGAGCUGCAUCAUGUGAACCAUCUGUAGACCUGGAUGCUAUAAUUUCGGCCAGGGAGUUUCACUUGCAGCUGGACGGGGAAUCGUCCACUAAGGAUGAAGAAGAAGAAGACGAUGAUCUGUAA